AUGAUGGAUGGUGAAGCAUUCGUAGAUGAUGUCUUCUCUAGUGACCAGCUGUGGAAGCAGUCUACACUAUUUGCUGACUCAGCUCUACAUGAGUCGGCACUAUUCGCGCCACUACAGCUAGACAGUGAGUUCGUCGCGUUCGCUUCAAUCAAAUUUGACCACCCGUACGCGCCCAAGCAUGAACUGGAUCGCGAAUUGCGACUGCCCGAUCUCGACACGUUCGAAUUUGGCCCUCUUCCGGAGCUCGAUAACCUCGAUGCAUCCUCUAUAUCGUUAGAAUCGCCAUGCAUAGAACCAGAGGAGGACAUAUGGCAGGUCGCACUUGAACUAGGGCCUGCGAACAAGGAUGUUUUAUUCCAUACAUGGGAAGGAUUUCAAAACUCCCAGCAUGUCGAGAGGCGCACAGCGUACAUCACAGAAUCUGGCCCAGAGGUCUUCGAUGCCGCGCUGCAGGCAGAUGAUACCAAACUUAGCGCAGGACGAGUCCUCAAAGGUCAUGUGUUCUUGCAAUCACUGUGGAAUUUGGGCCUUGGGCGUUCCUCUAUCUUGUUCGAUUUCAACACCAAGCUCAAAUCCUUCGAGCCAACCGUGCCUCAAGGGAGGACAUCUGGUCUUAGCCCUGUUGCCGCGCAGAGCUUGGUAACUCGAUUCAUACACACUGGCAACACAUUCCUGUACCUACGGUCUUUUGCUGCCAAAACUUUUGCGUCCGCAACGUCUAUCCCAGCAAGGGUUGCACUGGCUACCACAGUCUCGAGCGUUCUUUACACUUUAGAGGAGCAAUUGGGCAAAUAUUCCAGCAAGAUUAGGUCUCUCAUUCAGCUGCAACAUCAGUUCUCAAAGCCUCGCGAGGUUCUGUUACAUGUCGCACGCAUGGUAGAUGCAACCCAGCACGCAAAGACCAACGAGCAAUUAGCAUCCAUCUUACACCACCGUUUACUGGAGCUCGAAGACGGUGAUACAGACAUUCGACAGCUGUCCAGUCGCAUAAUGUGUGAAGUGGCUAAGCCCAGCCUUGAGCUCUUGGCCGAAUGGAUUGGCACGAUGAAAGAGCAGGAGACGAUACCCGUUACAUCCAGAGAUAGUUUUGUUACCCUUGAGCCCAACCCGCUGAACGAGGACCAGCCUGAGUACGUAUACCGGUCAGAGAUGAUGCCCAGGUUCAUCUUGCCGGAGGAUGGCAACAUGGCCUUCGAAACAGGACAAAGUCUUCGCUUUCUCAAGACACAACAUCCCGGACAUCCAUUGGUCAGGCUACACGAUGCUGAAAUCUCACCUCCGAAGUUCCAGUGGGCGUUUGGCUGGCAGGACAUUGAAGCGAUCUCAAACAAAGCAAAGCAGUAUGAGCAUCGACUUCGAACGUCUUUGUUGGCGUACAGCAGUGGUUCGGCAGUCAACAACCUGCCACGCCAGUAUCACCUGAUCGGUGACGGUGUGUUUUCGUCACUGCUUGCCACAGCACUGUUUGACCCCGAGCGAGAAAGUGCAGAACGUCACAAGGGUCAAAUGCGUAGUGCUCUUCGUGGUGUCUUGAGCGAAAGCUACUACUCUUCUUCGCUGUAUCAGUCUCUGCUGAAGACUGGCGAGGUAGCCCAGGCCAACACAACCAUAAGCGGCAGGGAUAAUGACGAGCUCCCAGGUCAGCUCAAUUUCGCCAUCCGAAAUCUUACCGAAGCAGAGCAGGAAAAGGUCAUGGAUCCUGACGCACUAUCCGCACUUGACUUCCUCCGCCUCCAAUACGUUCCACCCACACCACUCAACCUCAUCAUUACCACCGAAGCUCUGGACAAGUACGAUCUCGUGUUCAAGUUCUUACUGCGACUAUUGCGCAUGCUUUUCGUAAUCUCACAUCUCCCACAUCGCUUCAACGACCUCGAAUCGCGCCAGUUGAAACUGGAAGCGCAUCACUUUGUCACCAUGUUCGCCGGCUAUGUGUUCCAGAGCGGCAUCGCCGGUCACUGGCAAGAGUUCGAUAGCUUCGUCUCCACCCUCGAAACACGCAUCAACGAAGAGGACGCAGCCGGCGAAUACGGCACACGCGUGACAGAAGGCAUCGCAUCCCUACGAGACGCGCACGACAAAUGCCUUGACACAAUCAUGUUCUCGCUCUUUCUGCGCAGACGCCAGCGCAAAAUUUUAGCGCUCGUCGAUGAAAUAUUCGACCACAUCUUGCUAUUUGCGAAGAUGCAGCAGCCAGGUGCGAAAGUCGAUGAGACUGUCAAAGAAGUGUACGACAAGCUGAGAGGGAAGAUUCGGGUGUUUUUAAGUGUGUGUAGAAGUUUGACGGGGAAGAAAGGAUAUGGAAGUGGGAACGGAACGGCGGAAGAGAAUUUGAUGGAGAGAUUGGUGCUCGGUAUGGAAAUGAAUGCGUAUUUUGCGGGGGCUUGA